AUGAAGCAGGCAGUUCUUCUUGCGGCCCUUGCGCCUUUGGCGUCGCUGCCGGUGGUUCAGGCUGGAGCUACGGAAAGCUGGAUCAGUACUAUCUGGAAUGACUUUAAGGAAGCUGUGGACUGUGGAAGUUGCCAGGUCCUCUUGGGUGGUCUCAAGCUCGUGGCUGACUUUGGUGAAGGCUUCAUGGAGGAUGUGUUAACUGGCGUUUGUGAUAUCAGCGGCGCAGAGGAUCGGGAUGUCUGCGCUGGUGUCAUCGCCAGCGAGGUACCUGCCUUGCACUACGCCAUCAAGAACAUGCAUGUGGGCUCCCACACAGCCAAGACUCUCUGCUCGGCUCUAGUCGGUCUUUGUGACUUUCCAGAUGUCCGUCCAUUUGACUUAGCAUUUCCCUCGCCCAAGCCAGCGAACAGUCGCCCACCACCAAGUGGUAAACCUCCUAUCAAGGUGGUCCACUUCAGUGACACUCACGUCGAUCUAUCCUACGAGACCGGCUCCAACUAUGACUGCUCCAAGCCCAUCUGUUGCCGUGUAUACACCGACGAAGAUGCCCCAGGAACCACAGACAAGCCAUGCGGACCAUUUGGAAACACCAAAUGCGACCCCCCGCACCAACUCCAAGAAAGCAUGAUGACCGCCAUCGCAGAGCUCAACCCAGCCUUCUCAAUCUACACCGGCGACGUGGUCGCCCACGACGUCUGGCUCGUAACCAAAGAAGAAGUCCUACAAGACUUGAACGCAACCUACGGCGCGAUGGAGAGCCACCUCGGCCUCGUCUACGCCGCCCUGGGUAACCACGACGCCGCACCGCUCAACCUCUUCCCCUCCCACAAUGUCCCCAGCAAAUACAACCCACAAUGGGCCUACGACGCCCUGACAGCAGACUGGAUGGCCCUCACAGGAAUCGAAAGCGUCCAAAACGCAAACGAAUACGGCUCCUACUCCGCCAUCCACCCGGACAGCAAACUCCGCAUCAUCUCGUACAACAGCAUCUUCUACUACAAAUACAACUUCUUCUCCUACACCGAACCAAUGGAAUACGACCCCAACGGCCAACUAACAUGGCUAAUCGAAGAACUCCAAGCUGCCGAAAACGCCGGCCAACGCGUCUGGCUAAUCUCGCACAUCCCAUCCGGAGAUGUCGACCAUUUCCGGGACCACUCGCACUACUUCGAUCAAAUCAUCCAGCGCUACGAAGCUACAAUCGCAGGCCUGUUCUUCGGACACACGCACACAGACGAAUUCCAAAUCUCAUACUCGGAUUACAAAAAUCGAAACUGGGACACCGCCACGGCAAUGGGCUACGUCGCCCCAUCAAUGACACCAACAUCCGGCUCCCCCUCUUUCCGAGUCUACGACAUCGACCCCGUCACAUUCGGCGUGCUAGAUUUCACCCAAUACAUCGCCAACAUCAGCGAUGCCUCCUUCCAAACAAAACCAACCUGGAUCCCCUAUUACACCGCAAAGAAAGACUACGGCUCGAAACUGUCCACUAUCCCCGACGACACGGCAGAACUCACACCAGCAUUCUGGCACAACGUAACCGUCGCCAUGGAAAAGGAUUCUGCAGUGUUCGGUGAAUUCUGGGCUCGACGUACGCGCGGAUACAACGUACCCGCUUGCACGGGGGAUUGUGCGAAGAAUGAGAUUUGUGCGCUGCGCGGUGCGGAUGCGCAGUAUAGCUGUGUGCAGCGGACGCCGGGAUUUAGUUUUUCGAAGAGGGAUGGUGUUGAUGGUGAGGUGGAGGAGGUUGCGCCGUUAUUGAGUAAGAGGUUCCAGCCGGAGUGUAAUCAUGCUGGGAUGGCGCCGUUGUUGGCGAAGAUUGCGCAUAGGGCUAAUUUGGCGAAGAUGAAUGGGGAGUGA